AUGGCCGGAAAAUUUGCUGUUAAGUCCUUGGACCAUCUGGUCCUCACGGUCCGCAAUAUACCAAAAACCGUAGCCUGGUACACGGCCUAUCUCGGCAUGCGCCACGAAGUGUUUACCUCACCCACUAACCAGACCGUGCAAAGACACGCCUUGAUUUUCGGAUCUCAAAAGAUCAAUCUACACCAGUCGGGCAAAGAAUUUGAGCCCAAGGCCCAGGAUGUCCAACCGGGAAGUGCUGACCUGUGCUUUUUGACGGACCAAGACGUGGAGACGGUCCUACAGGCAUUCCAGGAAGCGAGAAUUGAGGUAUCUGCUCAUCAUUCCCGAAAAAGAACCAAGUACUGA